CUUAUCCCGAGUGCUCCUGAACGCAACAGUAGGCUGCCUGGCUCUGUGAAGAUGGCGGACUGUAUACGUGUUCCUCUGCUCCUGCUCUGGAUGUGCAUCUUGUCGUCAGUGCAUUCAACUAGAGCAGAUAACAAUAAUGUCGCCAAAUUUACUGGUAACGCUGAUAACCCACAGAAUCCAGCCGCAGGUCUGGGACCGGCUGUGGUUAACCCAGGAGCCGCUGAGAGAAACCUGGGCGCUGGGGCCUCGCUCUCUCGGAGGCGCACUGCCGGCUGGAAGUUGGCAGAGGAGGCGGUGUGCAGGGAGGACCUGACCCGGCUUUGCCCUAAACACUCAUGGAACAACAACCUGGCGGUUUUGGAAUGUCUCCAGGACAAGAAAGAGGAAACCGAGAUUGCUACUGAAUGCAACCAUCUGCUGUGGAACUACAAGCUGAAUCUGACCACCGACCCCAAGUUUGAGUCUGUAGCUGUGGAGGUCUGCAAGACAACCAUCUCUGAGAUUAAAGAAUGUGCAUCUGAGGAGCCGGGCAAGGGCUACCUGGUGUCUUGCCUGGUGGAUCACCGCACCAACAUCAGUGAUUACCAGUGUAACCAGUACAUCACCAAAAUGACCUCCAUCGUCUUCAGUGACUACCGACUCAUUUGUGGCUUCAUGGACAAAUGUCGCGAUGACAUCAAUGUGUUGCGCUGCGGCAGCAUCAGCACGGGAGAAAAGGACAUCCAUUCACAGGGCGAAGUGAUUGCCUGUCUGGAGAAAGGUUUGGUGCGGGAGGCCGAGGAACAGCCGGGAGCACACGCCAUCAAGGAAGACUGCAAGAAGUCCAUCAUGAGAGUGGCUGAACUCUCUUCAGAUGACUUCCACCUGGACCGCUACCUCUACUUCGCUUGUCGUGAGGACCGUGAACGAUUCUGUGAAAGUAUACUGGCAGGGGAAGGACGAGUUUACAAAUGUCUCUAUAAUCACAAGUUUGAAGAGGCGAUGUCUGAGAGGUGUCGUGAGGCCUUGACCACUAGGCAGAAGCUGAUCGCUCAGGACUACAAGGUGAGCUACUCACUUGCUAAAUCCUGCAAGUCCGACCUGAGGAAGUACCACUGCAGCGUGGACACCAGCAUGCCCAGAGCCCGAGAAGCUCGUCUGUCUUACCUGCUGCUCUGUCUGGAGUCUGCUGUGCAUCGAGGUCGAGUGGUGAGUGGCGAGUGUCAGGGCGAGAUGAUGGAUUACCGACGGAUGCUAAUGGAGGAUUUUUCUCUGAGUCCCGAGAUCGUGCUGCACUGUCGCACUGAGAUCGAGAGUCACUGCUCUGGUCUUCACCGCAAAGGGCGGACACUGCACUGCUUGAUGAGGGUCGGCCGAGGGGACAUGGGUGGAAUCGACCCCAACUGUCAGAGGGCGCUCCAGACUCUGAUCCAGGAAGCUGAUCCUGGAGCAGACUACCGCAUUGAUCGAGCUCUAAACGAGGCAUGCGAGUCCGUCAUCCAGACUGCCUGCAAACAUAUUCGCAAUGGAGAUCCCAUGAUCCUGUCCUGUCUGAUGGAACAUCUGUACACAGAGAAGAUGGUGGAAGACUGUGAACACAGACUGUUAGAGCUGCAGUACUUUAUUGCUCGAGACUGGAAGCUGGAUCCCAUCUUGUAUAAGAAAUGUCAGGGUGAUGCAGCUCGGCUUUGCCAUACACACGGUUGGAACGAGACAAGUGAGAUGAUGCCGCCUGGUGCCAUCUUCUCCUGCCUGUAUCGCCAUGCUUACCGCUCUGUGGAGCAGGGACGUAGGCUCUCCAGGGAUUGUAAGGUGGAGGUGCAGAGGAUUCUCCACCAGAGGGCACUGGAUGUAAAACUGGACCCUGAGCUGCAGCGGCGUUGUUUGACUGACCUGGGGAAGUGGUGCAGCGAGAAGACAGAGGCUGGUCAGGAGCUGGAGUGUCUGCAGGACCACCUUGAAGACCUGGUGUCUGACUGCAGAGAUGUGGUGGGAAACCUGACAGAGCUGGAGUCAGAGGAUAUUCAGAUUGAGGCGCUGCUUAUGAGAGCCUGUGAACCUGUCAUCCAGGCAUACUGCCAUGAGGUUGCUGAUAAUCAGAUAGACUCUGGUGAUCUGAUGGAGUGUUUGGUUCAGAACAAACACCAGAAGGAGAUGAAUGAGAAGUGUGCGGUCGGAGUGACACACUUCCAGCUGAUUCAAAUCAAAGAUUUCCGUUUCUCCUAUAAGUUCAAAACCGCCUGCAAGGAAGACGUUCUUAAACUGUGUCCCAACAUCAAGAAGAAGGUGGAUGUCGUGAUUUGUCUCAGCACCACAGUGAGAAACGACACACUACAGGAAGCCAAGGAACACCGAGUGUCUGUCAAAUGCCGUAAACAGCUGCGAGUGGAGGAGGUAGAGAUGUCAGAGGACAUCCGCCUGGAGCCGGAGCUGUACGACUCCUGUAAGCAAGACAUCACCAGAUUGUGUCCGAACGUGCCAUUUGGCAAUGCCCAGGUUAUUGAGUGUCUGAAGGAAAACAAGCGUCAGUUAAGUUCCCGCUGCCACCAGCGGGUCUUUAAGCUGCAGGAGGUGGAGAUGGUUGAUCCUGAACUGGACUACCAGCUGAUGAGAGUCUGCAAGCACAUGAUCAGGCGGUUUUGUACAGAGUCGGAGGGAAAGAACAUUCUUCAGUGUCUAAAACAGAACAAGAACAGUGAAAUGAUGGAUCCCAAAUGCAAACAGAUGAUCACAAAAAGACAGAUCACCCAGAACACAGACUUCAGGUUGAACCCAGUGCUGAGGAAAGCCUGUAAAGCAGACAUCCCAAAGUUCUGUCAGUCAGUCCUGAACAAGGCAACACCAGACAGUGAGCUGGAGGGUCAGGUCAUCUCCUGCCUCAAGCUCAAAUAUGCAGACCAGCGUUUGUCGUCAGAUUGUGAGGAUCAGAUCAGGGUCAUUCUGCAGGAGUCGGCGUUGGACUACAGACUUGACCUUCAGCUGCAGAUCCAUUGCACACAGGAGAUCUCUCAGCUGUGUCCAGAGGAGGCAGCAGCUCAGGAGCAGACGGGGCAGGUGGAGGAGUGUCUGAAGGUCAACCUGCUGAAGAUCAAACAGGAGGGAUGUAAGAAGGAGGUGUUGAACCUGCUUAAGGAAAGUAAAGCGGACAUUUUUGUUGACCCUGUCCUACACACAGCCUGCGCUCUGGACAUCAAGCACCAUUGUGCUGCCAUACCACCUGGCAGGGGGCGCCAGAUGUCGUGUCUCAUGGAGGCGCUGCAGGACAAACGCAUUCGUCUGCAACCUGAGUGCAAGAAGAGACUUCAGGAUCGCAUCGACAUGUGGAGCUAUGCUGCCAAGGUUGCUCCUGCUGAGGGUUUCUCAGACUUGGCCAUGCAAGUGAUGACAUCACCCUCCAAGAACUACAUCCUGACUGUGAUUGCUGGAGGUGUAGCCCUGCUCUUCCUAAUGGGUCUGCUCUGCGGACGAUUCACUAAGCGUGUCACUCAAGAGCUGAAGGACAGGUAGACCACACCCACUCUGUGGUAAGGACACACCCACAGGAGAAACGACCACCGCUGAAAUAGGACUCUACCCCCUCCUUCCGUCAUUUACCCCUGCUACAACAACUCCACCUGCCUCUCAGUUCUUCUCACAGUGCUUUCUCAUCACUCCUGCUGCUUCCCACCUCCUCUUACUGUGUGAGUGAUGUCACUCACAAUUGUGCAAAGGAAAUUGGGCGCGAUGACUGACUCAUCUCAUCAUCUUCUACAGGAACUCGUCUUCUCUACUGGAAAGCCACGUCCACAACAUUUCUUCUUUAUCUUCUGAUUUUUUUUCCCUCUUAUGCAGAGCACCAGUUCCUCCAUCAGUUAUACCUGCACUCACCUGUAGUUGCAGUGUUUUUCUUUCCUCUCCACCCCUUUUACUGUGCUGGGGAGAGAGUUGGGGGUGGGGGUGGGGGGGUGGGAGGUCGUACGGGUUGUUAGGAUAGGGGCUCGAAAGUCAAACUUAAAUUAGAGGGAGGUGGAAAUCAUAGUGUAAAUGUGUAGAGAAUGGGAUGGGAAAAUAUUCAUUUAUAAAGACUACAGAGUGCGUGUGUGAAUGAGUGAGUGAGUGUGUGUGUGUGUGUGUGAUGAAAACUGUCUCCAUAUCACCAUAUUCUUCUAGUUUGUCCACCUAUUCCUUUUUUUUAUCUUUUAUUUGCUUGUGUAUGUUCAAUUUUAUCGCCAUGGGACUGCCAUGCGGGUGGUGCCAACCAGUCAACCCUCCACCAAGCCACACAGAUGAGAUAUAAACAUUUGUUGGGGGGGUGACACAUCACAACCACUCCCAGCUAGCUCGCUUAAAGCUCUUCCUACAAUGGGAAUAGUUUGUGGUGAAGUUAAUCUUUUGAAACAGCAGACCUGGCAACUUCAGCUCUCCAUUUAUGCAGUCUAAUGUUUUAAAAACAAUUUUGUUUUAAUUUCUCAGCCGGAUCUGUGCCAAAAGUGCACCACGUCCACCUGCAGCCGGAUCUGCUCACAACACUGCAGUGAGCUCCCAUCAUGCCCCGCUCCCCCCAUUCAUGGACUUGCAGCAGAGUGGCUGUCAGUGUCUCGGGUACAUAAAUCUGAGCAAUGCAGGAAAAAAAAAACAGAAUAAAGAAAAAAAUUAUUAUAGAGAUGUGAACAUUUUAGUGUAAAGAUACUGGAAUCAUUGCACAUUUUUCAUUCUUUUUUAUAUAUAUAUAUAAAUAAAUAUAUAUAUGUUUUGUUUUGUUUUUGUCAUAGCCUUAUUUAUUUGUUUUCUUAUGGACACAUUUUUCUCCAAGUGAUUUGAAUGUUCGCUGGUUGCCUUUUCUCCAGGAAGGGAGCCUCCCUUUCUUUCUGCAGGGGUGUGGGGGAAGGUAGGGAGAAGGGUGGAGGAAGUAGGUGGCUACGGUUUUUUUUUGUUUUGUUUUUUUGGCGUGUUCUUUGCGCAUCGACCUGCUCCGGCCACUUUGGUUGGCGGCGUGAGUCAGAUUUCUGGUGUGGUGAUGUUGAAGAACACGUUGUCCAGAACGUGAAGUGACUCUGUUGAUCACCUGAGACACAGGAGACGAGCUGAGGUCUGUGAUGUGAUUAUACUUUUGGGGGACGACCACUGGUGCUUUCAUACGUGAUUAAAACUGAUCAGUGACGUGGACGUGAAAACACAACAGCUGUAGUUUGUUUCCCUCACUGUUGCAACUGACGGCUGAGUUCAAGUAAAGGAGCAGUGUAUAAGAAAUGCAUCGUAAAAAGUCAUAAAAUUACCAUUAUAUCGGCAGAGAUUGGGAAUCACUUAAAUUUAAAUGCUAACAUUGGUACAGAUGGUUUAUUCAGCCUGCAUGUUAUUUUGUUUAUAUUGUGGAAAGAGGUUGCAGGUGUAGCUCUCCUUAGAUCCAUCUAAUCAGUGUGUUAGGGAUCCUCAAACUACCUGGCAACCCUUGCUUUUCUGAGUAGGAGAGAGACAACACUCUCCAAGAGUUUUUUUUUUUAUAGGAUUGCUGUUUAAACUCUGGUUGCAUCUUGUAUAUACAGUAGCCCCCUUUAAAACUGUAACAGGUUUGAUUCAGAUUGGGCUCAUUUCUGUGUCAGAUGUUGAUUUAACUCGACGUCAAACACAUACACGUGAUUCACCAUGUGCGGGUCAAAGGUGGAGGAAGAUGGUGGUCGAGGUUUUGCUGUUACUGUACAUUAGUCUCAGUGUCAUGAAGCUUCUUUUUUUUAUUGUGGUGUAUCUAAGCAACUUGGGCAACUGAUGAUUUGCUCCUCACUCGAGUUCAUCGUGUGUACACGAUGCACAGUACAUUAAGUCACUGUGCAAUUAAGCUGCGGCUUGUUGUCCUAAUAGUGGUGUGGUGAGCGCUCGCUUCCCUUCCUGCUUGAAAACGAGGCGUUCCGAUACGUUUAAUUGCCUUCACAAUUAAUUUUAACUCUCGCCCAUCUGACGUCAGUUUUAUCAAAUUGUGCCUACUUGCCGCCCCACUGAGGAAUCCCGCUGUACAGAACAUCCCAGAAUCCCCUGCAGCACCCACCAGAGGAGCAUGUGGGCCUUUGUGUGAUGGAUGGUGUGUGUGUUUGUGUAUGGAUGUGUGUUUGUGUUGCCCACAGAUUUUGGAUGCUGCCUCAAAGCUUACGCUCUCCCCAAACGAUGAUGACAAGAACGUUUGAUUUUAAGUUUGUGACGAUAAAGAUCUUUUUGUAAAAAAAAAAAAAAGUUUUGUGUUUGAAUCCGUGGAGCUCCUCCCUCAUCAUCUGAUUUAAUUCUUCCUGUACAAUUUUUGUUCUGUACAGAUGAAAAUCGGAAAGUUUGUUAAUAAUAAAGUCUGCAAGGUUUCUA